UCACAGGCCGAGCAGCCAAACAGAAAAGUUUAAUAAACAGCGGACGGAGGGCCGGCGGCGGCGGCGGUGGCGGCGGGCCCGAGCGAGUGGGGGUUCGGCGGCCUCACCUGUCCUCAGUCGGCGGCGGCGAGAGGCGGCGGCGGCAGCGCGUCCCGUGGAGAGGGCCGCCAGCCAGGAAUGAGUCUGAAGUCUGCUGCAGUCAAACACUGGAGGCUUUAAAAUGUUUUCUUGCAUAAAACUCAAACUUUAAGUAGCUGCUUAUGAGGAUAGGGAAGGCAGGAAGCUAAUGUCUGUCUCAAGACACAAGACAGCUGUUUGCUCAUCAACCUCAACUGUUGCAAGCAACAGCAGGAAAGAAAACUCGACAUAUAGGGAUCUGGGGACUGCUAUGCAGAGAGUUAUCAAGCCUACAAGUACAGUAGGAACUUUAACCUAAGUCCCUGUUCCUUUCAUCAGAGUGAGCAGCUUUCUUCCCAAGAGUUUUCUGUCAAGGUGUACAACAGAAGAACAUGGCUCAAGAAACUAAUCACAGCCAAGCACCUAUGCUUUGCUCCACUGGCUGCGGAUUUUAUGGCAACCCUCGUACAAAUGGCAUGUGUUCGGUAUGCUAUAAAGAACAUCUUCAGAGACAGAACAGUAGCGGUGGUAGAAUAAGCCCUCCUGCAGCUUCUGUCAGCAGUCUGUCUGAAUCGUUACCAGUACAGUGCACAGACGGCAGUGUCCCAGACGCUCAGUCAGCACUAGAGUCUACGUCUUCAUCUCUGCAACCAGGCCCUGUAUCAAAUCAGUCACUUUUAUCAGAAUCUGUAGCACCUUCCCAAGUGGACAGUACAUCUGUGGACAAAGCAGUAUCCGAGACAGAAGACCUGCAAGGACCCAGAGCAGAGGGCCUUGUUCCUCUUGAAUGUGAUCCUCCAUUAUCAGAUACGACGCAGCAGCCAUCUGAAGAGCAAAGCAAGUCUCUUGAGAAACCAAAACAAAAAAAGAAUCGCUGUUUCAUGUGCAGGAAGAAAGUGGGACUUACUGGGUUUGAAUGCCGGUGUGGAAAUGUUUACUGUGGUGUGCACCGUUACUCAGAUGUGCACAAUUGCUCUUACAAUUACAAAGCUGAUGCUGCUGAAAAAAUCAGAAAAGAAAAUCCAGUAGUUGUUGGUGAAAAGAUCCAGAAGAUUUGAGCUCCUGCUGGAAUACAAAACCCUUUGACCAUCUGCAAACUAAAAAUUGACUUGAGGUUUUUUUCCUAGUCCUUGGGAAUGUAGAGCACCGUAUCUUGCAUAGACCUUUGAAUCAUGCAUGUCAUCAGAAGAAUAGAUUUUUGUUUUUGUUUUGAAAAUGACUCUGAACAUUUAUUUCCAUUGCAGUUUCUGUGGCUGAAAAGAAGUAUUAUCCUUUUAAGAUCAUUUUAAUUUUAGUUGAGUGCAGAGGGCUUUUAUAACAAAUGUGGAGAAAUUCUGGAGGGCUGUGAUUUUUCCAGUAUUAAACAUGCAUGUGUUGAUCUUGCAGUUUAUUUCUCAUUGUGUAUGUAUAUAUAGCUUUUCUCUGCAGCACGAUUCCCUUUUGAUAAUGCCCUUCUGGGCACAACUAGUUAUCAGUAACUGAAUGUAUCUUAAUCAUUAUGGCUGCUUCUGUUUGUUUUCUCAUUAACAAAGGUUAUACAUGUGUUGUUAGCAUAUAGUUUCUUUGCACCACUAUUUAUGUCUGAAUCAUUUGUCACAGGAGAAUAUGUGCUGUUGAGAUUCUAAAUUUAUGUUUUUUUUUCCUUGUUAGUUUUUUUCUUUUUGUUUUGCAAGGGAAAGAAAAGCUGAAUGCAUUUCACUGCUGACUGCAAAUUUCUUUCAGAUUACUGUUCAUUGGUCUGUGUGUGCACAGUAUAAAGAAUAAUCUGAAGUCAUUGUGCUGUAUUUAUGUUUAUUCACCAGUCUUUGAUUAAAUAAAAAGGAAAAAUGAGAAAAA